UCGAAAACUUGUGCAUCAAGAGCGCAAAAAGAUGGCCUGGACCACUUUUGAGGCCAUAUGUAUCGUUAUCAAAUACGCGUUGAUCGCUAUCGUUCUACAGUUCGCCCUCGUCUGCGGUUAUAGACUUACUCUUCAUCCACUUAGCAAAUAUCCUGGACCCAUCAUCGCUGCAACGACCGACUGGUAUGUGGGGUUCUUUGCAGCACUCAAACGCCAGCAUCUCGUUACUUACUCUAACCACCAAAAAUAUGGAACUGUUAUUAGACAAGGGCCGAACAAACUCGUGUUCAACUCUCACCAAGCCCUCCACGAUAUCUACCAAAGCGAGAAAAUAAAUAAAGUCCGCUCGUACCUCUGCACUCAAAUCAAGUCCGACACUUACAGCAUCUUCAACUGCCUUGACAAAGACCUCCAUCGCAUAAAACGUCGGAUCAUAAGCAAAGCUCUCUCAGAGCAAAAGAUGCGCCGCUUCGAGCCUGUUCUCUUAACCCACGUUGACCGGUUCCUAGCGCUUCUAUUACGGUCACAUCACAAGAAACAGGCCGUAAACAUGUCCGAGCGAUUCAAACGAUUAGGGCUUGAGAUCAUCGGCAAGUUUGGGUUCGGCUACGACCUCAAGCUGCAGACUGAAGAGGAGCAUGUGUUUGUGGUGAAGGGCAUGGAGGGGGGAAGUUAUCGCAAUAAUGUGUAUAUCCAAGCACCGAGUCUACGGUGGCUGGGUAUCGAGUUUCUACUUCCUGCCCUGUAUAAACUGCGGAUGAAGUACUUCUUUCUGUUAAAAAGACUCAUUAAAGAAAGACUUGCUGAGGGGAAGGACGCAAAAGAAGACCUUUUCUCGUAUGUUGUAGAUGCGAAGGAUCCAGAAACAGGCACAAAGAUUCGCAUGAGUGAGCUAUGGUCAGAGGCCACAUUCUUCUUCCCAGCUGGGGGAGACACAACAGCCACCACAUUGACAGCCGCCUUCUUCUAUCUCUCACGUAAUCCAGAGUGUUACUCAAGGCUUACAUCGGAGAUCCGCAGCAAAUGGUCUUCAGGGACAGACAUUCGCUCCGGCACUUUACUGUCCAGCUGCACAUAUCUCCGUGCCGUUCUCGACGAAACGAUGCGGGUCUCGCCUCCCCUAUGUGGUACACUGUGGAGAGAGCUCCCCGUUAGUGAGUACGGCAAGGAUGCAAGUAUCAUAAUCGAUGGACAUGUAGUGCCGGCCGGAACCUGGGUUGGUGUCAACACUUACACAAUCCACCACAACGAGCACUACUUUCCGGACCCAUUCUCGUUCAAGCCUGAACGCUGGCUGCCAGAGAACCGGGACAACGGGGAUGAGAUGAGAAGGAUGCAGGGGGCUUUUGCACCUUUCGGGGUCGGAUCGCGUUCGUGUCCUGGAAAGGUGAUGGCUUUCAUGGAAGCCAGUCUUGUCUUGGCCAAGUCUGUAUGGUAUUUUGACUUCAGCCGUAGCCAGGACCCCAAGCUCGAUAAGAUUGGGGGAGGAAGCAUUGGGAGUACAGUCGGUCGGGAUCGAGUCGAUGAGUUUCAACUCUAUGAUCAAUUCAUCUCUAGUCAUGACGGGCCGUAUCUCACUUUUGAGCCGCGGGAUGGUGCCUGGAAGGAUCUAGAAUAG